UCUCUUGCUUUGCAGAAUGUGGCGUGUAAUAAAGAAGAAAAAUCUUCCUCAGCUUUGGAUCAAAGGUAGCACUAGCACCUUAGCAAACAACCCCAAGAUAGUAUUUGGCCUCUAUGGUGCUUUUCAAAACACUGUAAAGCGCUGAAUCCUGAUCAGGCCAGCGACGUUAUCAGAACUAGCACGCGCAUGUGACGCCAUGAGAGCGAGAAUUAGCAUCUGCUGUGAGCUCAUGCUACAUAGCUAGCUGCUUCUAAUAGGCAUUACCUUUAACUCUUUUUUGUCCUUCGUCGGUUUAGUUACUCAGUUGUCAACAACAUUGUAGUCAAUACUGGUUGGAGGUACAAUAGCUUCAACGGUGGAUAGUCUGCGGUACUUUUGCCUGUGAAUGUGUAGCUAAGAUGUUAGCCGAACACGCAUAGCCUUGUGACAUUUAAUGCCAGUUCUGACAAAGAAAAGCUCUGGUGUUCAAAAGUUCAUCGGACAGCAUGGGAAUAAAACACGAGACGGCAUCUUAGCGCUUAGUAGACUUCGUUCAACAUCACGAUUUUGGUAAGAUCGCACCUGUACGAGCCUGUUGAAGCCAGAAAGAGAAGAUCACGAUUAACAUCAUGUCCGAGGACACCAUCGUGGACAGGUUCAUUAAGGAAACAUCCAUCCUGGAAGAGUAUAACAUCAAUUGGACACAGAAGCUGGGAGCUGGGAUCAGUGGUCCUGUCAGGGUAUGUGUGAAGAAGUCGACACAAGAACGGUUUGCCCUUAAGAUCUUGAUUGACAGACCCAAAGCACGCAAUGAGGUUCGGCUUCAUAUGAUGUGUGCCUCUCACACCAACAUUGUUAAAAUAAUUGAGGUGUAUGCCAACAGUGUACAGUUUCCUCAUGAAUCCAGUCCAAGGGCAAGGUUAUUAAUUGUCAUGGAAAUGAUGGAAGGUGGCGAGUUGUUCCACAGAAUAAGCCAGCACAAGCACUUUACAGAGAAGAUGGCCAGCCAGGUCACAAAACAGAUAAGCCUUGCAUUGCAACACUGUCAUUCAUUAAAUAUUGCACAUCGAGACCUGAAACCGGAGAACCUGCUCUUCAAGGAUAAUUCCCUGGACGCCCCUGUUAAACUGUGUGAUUUUGGUUUUGCCAAAAUCGACCAAGGUGAUCUAAUGACCCCACAGUUCACUCCAUACUACGUAGCACCGCAGGUGCUGGAGGCACAAAGACGGCACCAGAAAGAAAAGUCUGGAAUAAUACCUACCUCACCCACCCCUUACACUUACAACAAGAGCUGUGACCUAUGGUCCUUGGGGGUGAUCGUCUACGUAAUGCUCUGCGGAUAUCCUCCGUUUUACUCCAAACAUCACAGCCGCACAAUCCCAAAAGACAUGCGCAAAAAAAUCAUGACGGGCAGCUUCGACUUCCCAGAGGAGGAGUGGAGUCAAAUAUCUGAAAUGGCCAAGGACAUUGUCCGCAAGCUACUUAAAGUAAAGCCGGAGGAGAGACUAACCAUAGAGGGAGUAUUAGCCCAUCCCUGGCUCAACUGCACUGAGGCACUGGACAAUGUGCUUCCCUCUGCUCAAAUGAUGAUGGACAAGGCGGUUGUGGCUGGAAUCCAACAGGCACACGCUGAGCAACUGGCCAACAUGAGGAUACAAGACCUCAAUCUCAGUCUAAAGCCACUCAACUCUGUGAACAACCCCAUUUUGAGAAAGAGAAAGCUACUUGGCACCAAACCUAGUGAUGAACUUUUCAUCAAUGAUCCAGAGAACGAGGCAGAGGACACCAACGUGGCUCUGGAAAAACUAAGGGAUGUAAUCGCACAGUGCAUCUUACCACAGGCUGGUGACAAUGAGGAUGAGAAGUUAAAUGAAGUUAUGCAUGAAGCGUGGCGCUUCAAUCGAGAUUGCAAGCUCCUCCGAGAUGGAUUGCAAGGGUUAAGUUGGGAUGGUAGAUCUUUUUCAGACAGAGUAGAUCGCUUAAAGCUGGCUGAAAUUGUCAAACAGGCCAUUGAAGAAAAGACAAAUUUACAAGACUCCCAAUAGCAAGUGCUGACAUUUUACUCACUUUUGUACUGUUCAUUAUAAUUGUUAUUAGGCAUAUGAUUGCAAAACAUCUUUUUGUAUUAAAUUGCAGACCUUUUUCCAUGGUCAUCCUGUAGUCUGUUGUAUAUCUCUAGCUGAAACCAAGUUGUUGUUGGUAUGAUUUGUUUUCACUACAGACUGCAGUAAAGAAAUGUGUUUUAAAACA